GUAAAAUCCCCCAUUCCCCAUCAGCGGUCAACUGGGGGCUCUCCCGAAACGGCAGCUCUAUAGGACCACUCUUCUACCCCAGGAUCCCUCGGCUUCGGCCCCCUCGGUGCCAGGGUUUGCGGGACCCCACGCUCAAAGCCUCAGGCUGGGGUCGACAACUGCAGAGAGGGUCGGGAUAGAAAAUUGCGGGUAGCGGCAGAUGCGGGUCCCCAGGCAUCCCGGAGGUUCCCACAGGUCUGCAGUGGGCCUACUUUGCGAAAAGGGCCCAGCUGCGGCGAGCCUCGUUCAAAUCAGAUGCCAGACAGUGUUUCUUGGGAUCCAUCCAAAUAAGUCCCUAAUUUCUCCUUGUGGGAGCCCUGGGCCUCCUUCCAGGCCGGAACCCAAGUGUUUAGGCAGCUGGGAAAGACCGGCCCCCUUUCUCGGUUCUCUCGCGACCUCUAGCCACUUCCGGUUGCUAACGGUUCGCAAGCAGCCCACGAAAACUCUACGUGAGCUGGGCCCUGGGCCAGAAGCAGAAAACGGACGGAAGAAAAGGUCUGGCCGGACCAUUAAAGAAAAUCCUUUCUUUGACUGUUUCAAAUACUUUGAAAUAUUGCUCAGUGAUGGGUCUCAUUCUGUCACCCAGACUGGAGUGCAGUGAGUGGUGUGAUCAUAGCUCACUGAAGCCUGAAACUCCUGGGCUCAAGUGAUCCUCUUGCUUCAGCCUUCUGACUAGCUGGAACUACAGGUGUGAGCUACACAGCAUGGCUCAUUCGAGAUUUCUGAGUAGAGAAGUAACAUGAUUAAACUUGGCUAUUGAAAUUAUUAUUUUGGCUGCUAUGUUAACAGUAGACUUGAAUGUGAAGGGGUUGGGCAAGGGCAGAAGCAGGGAGACAGGUUGGAAAACUGGACUGGGAAGGGGCUUUUUAAGAAUAACACAAAACCCUAAAGACAUAAAACUGAAAAGGCCAUGGAGGAAAAGAUAAAUGAAACUGGUCUUGUAAAAUUAAAAUAUUUGAAUGAAAAAAGUAAAAAUAAAAUAUAAACUAAAAGUAAAAUAUGCCACACAUCUAAAAGACACAGCUGAUUUUCCUUAUAUACAAAGACCUUUUAUCUUACCAAAAAAUAAAAAUAUGAACAAGCCAAUAGAAAAAUAGACAAAGUACUUAACCUGCAUGCAUUUAUUGUCAGGCCUCUGACAAUAUGAUACAAAGCCAUCAUAACCCCUGUGACCAGCAAGUAUACAUCCAGAUGACCUGGAGCAACUGCAGAACCACAAAAGAUGACAUUCCACUAUUGUGAUUUGUUCCUGCCCCACCCCAACUAAUCAAUCGACCUUGUGACAUUGCCCCCGCCCCCCACAAUGAGUCUCAUGAUCUCCCCACCCUGCACCUUGUGACCCCCGCCCCUGCCCACAAGAGAUAACCACGUUUAACUGUAAUUUCCCACUACCUACCCAAAUCCUGUAACACUGCCCCAUCCCUAUCUCCCUUUGCUGACUCUCCGUUUGGACUCAGCCCACUUGCACCCAAGUGAAAUAAACAGCCUUGUUGCUCA